UGUUCACUCACAAAUUUCGUGUAUUUGAUGAUUUCUUUCUGAUUUGUGACUUUUGAAUAUUAAAAAUUGAAGUGCUCCAAAUGACACAGGAUUCGGCCGACUACGCCAUUGAGGAUGAUGAUCUUUGCCUUGACAAUGAGGCGUCCGAAAUUCAACGACUUCAGCUGACUGCUCCAGUGGAGCCACAAGCACAGGAAGAUUUAGAUGAACGUGUGGCCACAAUCGAAUUUCAUUGCAGUGGUUGCAAUAUGCACGAAAUGGUACAUUACUAUGGACGAACGCCGCCUUUCGCUCUAGGCAUUAAAUUUCGUGAAGACAGCUAUGUGUUACGAGAUCCCUUUCAGGCGCCGCCGCCGCGUUGGCAAUCGAAACCAGAGUUCUACGUGGCAUUGGGCGUAAAGUGUGCCAAUUGUAACAAAGUUGUAUGUAAGGAUACUUCAUGCAGUUUCUAUUACACAAAAACCUUUUGCCUGGAAUGUGGCAAAGUUGAACUCAAGAAUUGGCCUGUGGAGGCGCAAAGUCGAUUUCGGAAGCAACUGGCAGCCAAAACCCCAUAACAGGAAAACCAUGCAGGAUUCUCACUUAUAAGUAGGUCUUUAAUAUACAUAUACACGUAAAUGCAU